GGGCCUAAACCACUUCCGUACAAGUACAACCCUCAUCUAGCAGGAUCAAAAGCAUCGACCUGUCAACCCAGACAUUUAGGUUUGGGUUAUGUUCAAGACAAAUGUACUUUGCAUGUUAAAAGGGUAAUUAGCAGUAAUUAAAUGACACUGCAGGAGGGUAUUAUCGUCUUUACAUUCCAAUAUAAUAUUUACUGGCUCUCUGCCCAAUGACUCUCAGUGUGUCCCCACUGUACUUCUCAGACUCCAAUUCCUCCACCAUAACCAAAGUACACAAAAAAAACCUCCAUAUCUAGCUAAGAAAAGUAGGAAACUGAGUGAGCUUCACAGGCAACGAACUGAUUUUUUUUUUAUAAAAGACCCACAAAUUUUUAGGUCUAGUUUUGGGAAGAAAUACAAAGACAGGAUCUUUCAACGAUGUUUGACAGAAUGAAGAAGAAAGACCCGCCAUUGAUGAAAGCUUCAGAGGUCAGAGGAACAGUACAUUUUUAAUAAGGAGGAUCUGAAAGAAACAGCGAAAGAACCCAAAGUUUUUUGUUCUUUUGAAAAGCACUGAACUUUCUCCACUUUCAAUUUGAAGAUCAAAAACAGAGCAACAACAGAGACUUGAUCGAUCUGCUAAGAAGAAAAAGAAGAAGAAGAACAAUGGGUUGUUGCUACUCACGAAUAGACAGACAAGAAAUGGUUUCACGGUGCAAGGCAAGGAAGAGGUACAUGAAGCAGCUAGUGAGAGCAAGACAAGCAUUUUCUGCUUCACAUUCCAUGUAUCUCCGCUCUCUACGAGGCACUGGUUCCGCUCUCCUUCAAUUCGCCACCACCGAAACCACUCUCCACCACCACCUGCCGCGCGUCGUCCCACAGACCUCUCAUCCACACCCACAUACACGCCCACCGCCUCCUCCUCCUUUAAGUCCGAGUUCCGACACGUGGACAUCCAUAACUGCGUCCCCUGCUUUACCCCCUCCGCCGCCGCCUCCACCGCCGCAAUCUUCUGUGUGGGACUUCUGGGACCCAUUUAUGCCACCAACGGCUACGUCGUCGUUAAGGUCCGGGACGGAAGAGGAGCGGGAGGAGGCCGGCACCACAGUCUCUGAUUUAGUUCCCAGUGCAGCAAUGAACGCACCGAGCAUGGAAGCUCCGCAGUCGGUGACGAGUGGGUUCUCGAAGGAUACAACUAGCGGAAGCACUGAACUAGCUGUGGUGGUUUGUAGGAAUACUAAAGACUUGGUGGAGAUUGUUAAAGAGCUUGAUGAGUACUUCCUCAAAACGGCAGAUGCUGGUGCCGUUUUGUCUUCCCUUCUCGAGGUUCCAAGUCCUGGGUUUUCUGCUCAAAGCAACGGGGGUAAGGUUUUCAACUAUGGAUGCAAUUUGAGUCCAUCACUGUGGACAUGGAGUUCCUGUCAAAAGCUAGAUGGGAUUGGGAAUUUGGAAGAAAUGGUAGGUGGUCUUGGCCACUGUUCCACUGUGGAGAGACUUUAUGCUUGGGAGAAGAAGCUCUACCAAGAAGUCAAGAAUGCUGAGACUAUAAAGAUAGAGCAUGAGAAGAUGGUAGCACAGCUAAGGAAGCUGGAGGUGAGGAGGGGAGACUACAUGAAAACUGAGAAGACGAGGAAUGUGGUGGAGAAGCUACAGUCUCAAAUGCAGGUUGCUUCACAAGCCAUAGAGACCACCUCUGCCGAAAUCAUCAAACUAAGAGAAACAGAGCUCUACCUGCAACUUAUUGAGCUUGUUAAAGUAUUGAUGUAUAUGUGGAGAAGCAUGUACGAGUCGCACCAGGUCCAAACCCACAUAGUUCAGCAGCUCAAGUACCUCAACACCAUUCCAUCCACGGAGCCAACUUCUGAAAUACACAGGCAAUCAACUCUCCAGCUGGAGCUUGAAGUCCAGCAAUGGUACCAGUCCUUCUGCAACCUGGUAAAGGCUCAUAGGGACUACAUUGAGUCCCUCACAGGUUGGCUUCGGCUGAGCCUUUUCCAGUUCAGCAAAACCCAACUUUCCAGAAGCAAUCAGGAAUCACAAAUUUAUUCUCUUUGUGAGGAAUGGCACCUUUCUGUUGACCGGAUCCCGGACAAAGUGGCAUCCGAAGGAAUCAAGAGUUUCUUAACAGUAAUACAUGCCAUUGUACUUCAGCAAGUAGAGGAGCAUAAGCAAAAGAAGAAGUCGGACAUUGCUUUCAAGGAUUUUGAGAAAAGAGCUGCUGAGCUGAGAUCACUAGAGAACAAGUAUGGCUCGUAUUUGAUGCCUGAAUCGUCCAAAAACCCAGUGACAGAGAAGCGAGCCAAGGCAGAGUUCUUGAGGGCAAAGGCAGAGGAAGAGAAGACUAAGCACGAAAAGGCAGUGAGUAUAACAAGGGCGAUGACAAUCAAUAACCUGCAGAUGGGUUUUCCUCAUGUAUUUCAGGCAAUGGUGGGAUUUUCGAGUGUAUGUAUGCAAGCAUUCGAGGCUGUAUACAACCAGGCCAAAACUACUGGUGUGGAGCAUGAUGUGAAGAGGCUACUACAUUAAGAACCUAAAGAGGAUAAAGCAGCUUCUGCAAUCCACUACUGGUGUGGAGCAUGAUGUGUAUAGUUGAGCGUUCUAAUUAUUGGAGUGAACCCAUGAAUCUCUAGCUGAACUAAUCCUCCUGCAUCUUCCCACAACACAGAUUUUGCAGAAUGCGGGUGUGAUCGAGUCUAUGGCACAUUGGUUGAAGGAGAACUGAUAGCAAUAGUUUUAUGGUUUAACCACUCACUUUAUGGGGCAUGACGCAGCGGAACAACCAAUGUGCAGUUCAGGAGUUUUGCCGUAGGUUUUCGAGUGUGUCGGAGUGUGUAUGCAAGUUUUGAUUUUGACUUGCUAUUAAUUGAGGACGUUGGGGUUGAUUUGCAACUGUGUGGGGCUGUUUUGGUUGUUUGUCAAAACUAGUCAUUAUAUAAAUAGUAGUGAUAAGUUCAAUUUUACGAAAAUAAACUACAAAAAGAUGUUUAAUCCAU